AUGAAAUCGUUCUUUGCACUGCUCAUCUUGAGCAUCUACUUAUCUAGUUAUCAGUGUAAGAUCAUCACGAAUAGCGUGGAAACUCGCUCAAAAUCUUUGUUAGCAAGACAUGAAGGUACACGGCACUUUCACAAGUUUGUAGCACGGCAAGAAAAACAAAGAAAUCAGAAACCAAGACAGCAAAAAGAUCAGGGAACGGACCAAGGACAAGAAAGGGGAGAGGACCAGGGAAAAGAUCAGGGAGGAAAUCAAGAUGGAGGAAACCUCCAAACGUUCAAAGAGAACCUUGGAGAGAUUGAUGCUCCAACAGUCACAAAGAAAGGUGAUAGCUUUGUGGUACAGUUUGGUCCGCCAGAAGAAAAAUUCAAGGAGUUGAAAGGUGCCCUUAUAAGAUCCUGUGACAGACAGUCUAACCGAUGUGCGGAUUCCUUCAACAGAAAGGGUCAAGGUAAAACAGCUGAAUGUAAUGCUCAGCUUGGACGCUGUAAAGAUUUUGUCAACUCCCAAGGGGCAGGUAAAAAUGAUGGACAAAAUAGUCAAGAUAGUAAUGGUGGGCAAGAUAAAAACAAAGGAAAAGAAGAUGGAGGAGGGGGUCAAACUAACAAUGGUGGGCAGAAUGACCAAGUCCAAAAAGAUGAAGAAGAUAAUAAAAAUGGCAAAGGGGGUCAAGAUGGGAACGGUGAUCAGCAGGAUAAAUUUCAAAACAAUGGAAAUAAAGAUCAGGAUAAAAACAAAGGACAAGGAGGUCAAGAUAAAAACAAUGAGCCAGAGGGGCAAGAAAACAACAAGAAAGGAAAUCAAGGCGGAGAUCAAGGAGGGGAAAACCUCCAAAAAUUUAAUGAAAAGCUUGGUGGUGUUGAAGUUCCAACGGUUACAAAGAAAGGGGGCGACUUUGUUGUACAGUUUGGUCCACCAGAAGAGAAGUUUAAGGAGGUGAAAGCUGCGCUGAUAAGGGCAUGUGACCGACAAUCUAACCGAUGUGCGGAUUUCUUCAACAAAAAGGGUCAAGGUAGAACAUCAGACUGUAACGCACAGCUUGAACGCUGUAAGCAAUUUGUUAAUUCACAGGGUGGGGGUAACAAUGAUGGUCAGAAUGAUGAAAAAAAUAGCAAUGAUCAAAAUUCUGAAGAGACAAGCAAGAAUAAUGGAAGAAACAAUCAAGUCAAAAACAAGGAACAAAAUGAUAAAGGUAAAAAAGGCAAUAAGAAUUAG